GCUGCAGCUAGCUGAAAGCGGUACACUAUAAAACCAACACCGAGCUAACCUAGAAGCCUAGCUGUAGUUUGUGUACAGUCGGCGGCUUCAGCAAUGACCUGUCUCGGUUAGUUAGUGGGACUAAGUUAACAGGCACUUUUCUCGUUUUAAAGUUAAAGCUUCCUUGCCACUUUGUUGGUGUUUUCUUUAAACAAUGUUGAGCAGCGUUGCUCUGCGGGCUCAGAUUGCCUCCAUCAUCGAUGCCUUGUCCAAAGCAGCCGUGGAGGAGAUCACCAAAGUUGUGGAGGAUGGCAUGGUGGUACUGCGGCUGGAAAUGUGUCAGGGUGAAAAUGAGAUCAAGAAGCUGAAGAGCAACAUAGAGGUCCUGCACAACGAGCUGAGAGCACUGCAGGGGAGGGUGACCCUGCGACCUGACAGCCGUGGGAGAGAUGAGAGUCAGAGUGACGUUCGUGAUGAGAGGACCUUGCUUGAAAAGGGGCACGCUGAUAAGGACCAAAACGGCGUGUCCGUACCUGAGGUGCAGGUGAAAUGUGAACCCGUGGAAGAAGGAAGUGAGGAGGCUGCAGGACAACCUGACCAGCUGAGGGAAGAGUCGGCCACGUAUGAAAGGGACAGUGCACAGUGGAGGCAGACAGCACAAGCUCAGACAGGAUGCAACAACUCAGAUUAUUUAAAUUUAGGCCAGAACUCCUUGUCGUGUGUUCCUGAAUCGUCUCUGGACACGGGACUGGCUGUGCCCUGCAGCAGCUCUGGUGUGUUUCAGCAGAGCUCAUUCAGCCGCGGGCUGCUGGGUUACAGUCAGUAUCGUAACUUGUACAACACGGUGCGGAGGAGGACGGUGAAGAGGUUAAUGUUCAAAAAGGGCUUCAUCUGUCCGUAUUGCGGUAAAUGUUUUGAGCGUUCUGGGCACCUGGAAAGGCAUAAGAGGAUUCACACUGGUGAGAAACCUUAUCUCUGCGAGAUAUGUGGGAGACGGUUUAAUCAGAAAUGCAGCCUGAAGGAGCACAUGAAGAUUCACAGAAGAUGUGUUCAGCCCACACCACUUGAGAUCGAGGUGUGUGAACAGAAGCAGAUUCCUGAGGUGAAUCCAUGUGCUGAUACUCUUCGCCCCAAGGAAGAGAGCCAGGUGAAAACUGAGGAUGGCCUACCUAAGAAUGAGGACAUUCUCCCAACACCCAUACACAUCAAAUCUGAGCCUGCAGAGGAGAAUAUAGCACAACCGCUGUUUCAUGGAGGCAACGAGCAGACAAGGGAAGGAGGGGAGGACUUCGCAACAUUCGAGAGAGACAGCCAGCAGUGGAUGCACAGGUUACAAGGACAAAACAACACGGACAUCAGCAGUACAGAGUAUAUCAGCAGCUCGGCGCACAGUAUGACGUCUUUCCCAGGAAUAGCACAGUUACUGCCACCACCAAUCGAAGCUUCUUGUAGCACGUUCUCCUUUCCAGGGAAACCAUAUGGGGAGCUCAAAAACAGCAUGAUGUCUCAAACACCAUAUGGAUCCUCAGACACACUUAUGAUAUCAAGUGAAGCAGGCUUGCAUGGUAUGGCAGGAGCCACACUGAAUCACCACCGACAGAGAGGAUGCAGGCCAUUUCAGGUGAUCAAACCAAAGAAAUGCUUCGCCUGCUCGUACUGUGGCAAAGUCUUCGAGCGAGCUGGACACCUCGAGAGACAUUUACGAAUUCACACUGGGGAGAAGCCGUAUGGUUGCCAUAUCUGUGGGAGGUGCUUCAAUCAGAAGAGUAGCCUCAAGGGCCACAUGAAAACGCACAGAAAUGGGGAGAACACCGAGGUGCUGGAGGCACAUCACCUGAUGUUUACAAUGCCUGAUAAUCAACCGUUGAAGAACCUGGCAGAACCCAAGCCCGGACUGGCAGUUUUAGAGGAACACUUACUGGGCACCACAUACAGCGAGGCAGGUGGUGAGCAAACAGUGAUGGUGAAACUGGAGCCAAAUGGGGAGGAUUUUCAGACUCUAAGUCAGGCAGGGGCUGAUAACAGCACAGGAGCACCAGAUCAAAGUCAGCUGUGGACAUCUGGGAUGGAGAGGAGUGGUGAUACUGAACAAACUGUCUGUGUACUUUUACAUGAUGUCAAGUAUCACCUCAGUCCUGCUGUUGGAGAAGCCAGUGAGCAGCAGGGAUAUACAUCACCAAUAAGGGAUCUGCCUUUUCUAGACACCAAAGAAAAGGAAGAAAUGAUGCACAGUGAUCAGUAUUCAGUAAUGCAAUCAAGAAGCUCCGAUAUGACUUUAGCGCCUGAGCUGCAAGAUCAACAUAUUGCGCCAGAGGUGGCUGUGAGUGAGUACACAGCUGUGAGUGACAGGACUCAUGAGGGAGGUGUGUUUGAAUUUAAUAUGACUGCCUCAGGCAACCAUGCGGACAGCUGUGGCGAGGACGCCACCAGGCAAAAUUGCUUUAUAUGCUCAGCUUGUGGGCAAAGCUUUGAUAGUUUCAGUCUAUUUCAGAGGCACCAGUGUAAAAAUAUCACAGCGCAAUCCUUCAGCUGUGAGAUAUGUGGUAAGGUAUUUAAUCAGAUGAGCAUCCUGAAGUUGCACCUUAAACUGCAUGUAGAAUAAAAUUAUCUGUGAUGCACACAAGGAAAAAUACUCUAGAUGAUUCUCCAAGGAGCUUCAUCACAUUCAGUCGUAACACAAGUGCACAAGUUAAUUUAUAACGGUUGACGAAUCAAUGUAACAUAUAACUAAAUACAGAAAUGAAUACUUGACGUCCUAAAACUUCCAACAGCUAAAGCUUAAGAACAAAAGGCAUUCGUUUUUUUUAAUAUUCAGUACUACUUAGGUCCAAUCUUUCAAGUACUUUGCACCAAAUGUUUUCCUGCUACUUUGACCUUCUCCAUCUUCUCAUUUAUAGAAGACUUUUUUUUUUUUUUUUUUUUUUUUUUAAAGAUGAUUGAUGAUUGUUGGCUUUAACUGUUGCUCCUUGCUUGCUUGAAGCUGGCCAGAGCUUUGGUGUGGCUUUUAUAAUGACUCAAACUACUCAGAGAACCCAAACAGUGUCAAGUGUUUGAAUUUGCAAUUAAAGCCGCCACAUUUUCGGUUACUCAGACUGAUAACUAGUUUUGCUAAAUUAUUUCAAUGAUACUUGUCUUUAUUUUGAGAAUGGUAAUGGCCAAAUAACAUGAGAACGUGAUUACAUGCUGAUUAUGUUGCCUACUGAACCAUUGUGUUUUUGCUGUUUUCACAGUUCAAAACCAGCCCAAGUCAGUUUGGUCUAUCAAGAAAGUAUGGUGUGUCAUCACUAUAGACUGUAACUCCACCUUUUUCUGUCCAACUAAACGAACCUCACCUUCUCUUUUUGUUUAGAGACAUUUAUUUUAAGAUACGUCCUUUAAAUAACAAGUAAUGAGAAAUAAUUUUGCACUGUAACUGAAUUUCCUGAUUGGAAACACAUCAACAUGCUUUUUUAUCACCGAGGAUAUGCUGUUAGCAUAUUUUUUGUUCUUUAGUGUGAGGUAGGCUGUGAUGAUAUUUGAAAAAUAUCAAUAUAUUUUUUUGGCUAAACAAUAUUUAGUGAUCUGGCUGAAUUGGAACAAAUUACAGUAUGCAUUAUCGACAAAAAAAAUUAGUACAGUUUUUCAGUGGCACCCCCAGAAAUGUUUCAUAGGGGUGGUCAGAUGGAGCCACUAAAAAUCUUGGGGUGGCACACCAAAACCAAAAGCCUUAGCUGAAUUUUAGGAAUACCAUAAUGCUGUUUGAGUAUAUAGGCUAGUAGAAAACUAUGUGAAGAGGCAUCGCAUACUGAUAUACUUUGGUUUCUUAUUUUACAGUUAAUGUUACUGAUGAUCUGAUGUGCACAGACAAAUAGAGCUAACAUGUUGAGUUCCACAACAGUCCCAUAAAAUGGGUACCGUUGUUAGGUUUAUUGCUCUUCAGAUAGGUUAGUUGUCCUUUUCCUUAAAAAGAUACAUACAUACAUAGAGAUAUAUACAGCUUUAGUUUGAAGGAGUACAUUGAUUUUAAGGAGCAAAGUUUCUCAAGUUUAGGGAGAAUGGUUGGUUCCCAUAGAACCCAUUUUCAUUUAGAUAUUUUGAGGUGAGAGUUCAGGGGACCUCUUUAAAAAUCGCCAUGCCAGUUAUUCCCUUGUCAAAGUUUAGCCAAAUUUUCAAUCUUUUCUUAAGCCUUCUUGCCAUCAAGCUAUGGUAAAAUGGUUGGCACCAGUGGAUGCCUUAGAUGGUCUAGGUUCACAACAUACCACUUCCUUCGCACUAGCUUAAAAACUGAACGCACCACAGCCUCACCCACGGGGUCCAAUGGGGUGGCCAACAAUUGUAUCGGGGGGUCAUGGCCCCCUGUGACCACGCCUUGGGGGUGCCACUGCAGUUUUCUUUUUUAGUUAGAUUUGUUAAUGUGCCAUUGUUAAGGGAAAUGUGAAAUCAAUCAGUUUCAUCAAGCUUUGAUAAGGCAGUGACCAUAUUAUACUAUGACACACUUUUGUGACGCGGUUCCACAUCAGUAUACUAAAAUAUGGAAUAAUGCCUGGUUUUUCUUUCACGGAGGAUACAGUGAGGGUACUACUGUUUUUUUUUUUAAGUUGAAGACAUUGUUAAAAAAUUUACAGAGAUGUGUACUGUUGAUAAAAGAGAUGAACAGCAGUGUCUUUGUUUUAAGUUGAAUCAAGCAAACCCUAUCCUCAUAGAACAAUGUGCUGUAUACCUCAAGAUACCAUUGCCUUGAAGGCUACAUGCAAAUAUUUCUGAUAAUGUUGGCUCAAUAUUCUGCUGGUUAAGUCUUUCAAAUAGCAAAUUUAAAGCAAAUGUUGACAGGCCAGGAUUUCAAAUGUACCAGGUGUCCCACUAAUGAUAAUACGGUGAUAAUUUUCAUGGAGAAAGGGAGAGGACUACAAGAAGUUAAUGCUAAAUCAUAUGCAGGAAACUUUUGCAUUAUGUGAAACUUAAGAAACAUCAAAUACCUCAGUGAUACACAGGGUACUCAUUAUAAUCAUGUAUUUGGAAAAAGACGUAAUAUGAAGUCUCUCUUUGGUUGUGUGUUCCCUUGGACUGAUAUUUAUUUUUUGGAAGAUUUAUUCUUUAUUUAAUUUUAUUUUAUUUUUUAACAAUGUAUACCCGAAGUUACUGACAUUGGUUAUCAGAUAGAACGUAUGAUGCAUUAAGCAUUAAGCAUGUGGAAAGCUGUAAUAUAAAAAGCCAUUAAACUGGUUGAGUAAAUUGUUGGUUCUGAAUGAAUGGCGCACUUUGCAUUUGUUUGGAGCAGGUGGCUGGACCUGAAGAGGUCAUUAAAAUAGUUUGACAUAACUAACCCUCCAGCUGAGCCCACAAGAAGGGCACCUGUCUAGGGCCAAUACGGUGACACAAAACCCUUUACAGUACAGUGUGAUGAGUGCCUACAUAUUUCACAUGGGAAUGAAAUCCCUAACCCCACCACUGCAAUGUUUUUUCUUUUUCUUUUUUUAAUUUAAAAUGUUCACUGAUGAAUAAUUGUCAAUCUAACACCCAACUGUCGCAUGAUUCACAGACAUCACAAGUUUAUCACAAUUU